AUACCUUUAACAUUCAUACUAAGAGUAACAAAUUAUCUACUUAUAUUUACUUUUAUUUUAUAUUACAUAUACAUUUUGAAUAUGUAUGCAGGAAGGAUUUUUUAAAACACAGGCUAUUAUUGCUUACUUAUUUGGUUGCUUAAAAGAAAAGUGUGGCAAUGCCUAAAUUUAGAAAGAACAAGCCUAAGCAGAGAGUUAAUUCCUAUCAUGAUGUGCUAAAUGUAUUUAAAUAGAACAUGACUGUCAUGAGUUUGUUAAAAUGCAUGUCAACUAUGUUUUGUGAGAUGGAGUUUUCACUUCUCUAAACUUUACUUUUAAUCUCAUGUUAAUCUGGAGUACCUUGAACGUAAUACUGAAUCCUUCAUAACUCCCAAGAGUCUUUAGUUUUAUCAGAUUUGAGUGCAAUCUGUGAGAUCGACAUAAAUAAAACAGGAACAAAAACUUUAUGUUUAUGUUUUAGUUACUUAAAUUAAAGGUGCUGUAGGGAACUUUUGUAAAAAAAUAUUUUUUACAUAUUUAUUAAACCUGUCAUUAUGUCCUGACAGUAGAAUAUGAGACAGAUAAUCUGUGAAAAAAAAUCAAGCUCCUCUGGCUCCUCCCAGUGGUCCUAUUGCCAUUUGCAGAAACUCCAUCGCUCCCGGUAAAAAACAACCAAUCAGAGCUGUGGCCCGUAACUUUGUUUGUGUUCAAAAUGUAGAAAAAUAUAUAUAAUAAGCGAGUACACCAUGAAUCCAUUUUCCAAACCGUGUUAUUGGCUUGUCCUGAAUCACUAGGGUGCACCUAAAAUUAGAUUUUAGAUAAAAUUAGAUAAAUAGAUUGCUUCGGGGAUACCGCGGCGGAGUAACCCAGUACCUUUGUGAUUCUUCAUAGACAUAAACAGAGAGAAGUAGUUCCGGCUACGAUGUUCUUCUGCAAGACGCAAGCAGUUCUGUUUAUUAACCGCUAGAGCGUCAAAAGUUCCCUACCGCAGCUUUAACAAUGUACGGAACCUCUAAGUGGCCAUGCAUUAUUACUUUUUUCCUUCAUGUUUUCUCAUUAUAACGACUUAAUUUUCUCGUUAUCUCGACAAAACGAAAGUUGUUUUCUCGUUAUAACGACUUAAUUUGUAAUAAUUUUCUAAAAUUAUAUAUUAUAUAUAAUUUGUAAUUUUUAGUAGUCAUUAUAUGCUGUGACAGAUAUCAUGUGCAUUACAAGCUUCUGUCUGAAAAGAGCGUUCAUGUGUAUGUGUAGUGUAAGUGCGUGUGCAGAAAAAAAACGAUUACAACAUUAUACAUUAACAUUAUACAUAUAACAUUAUAGAACAAAACUGAAUUAAAUGAGUCUAUGCACUUUACAUAUACAUCACAUUUCUCAUCAAUAUGAUUAACAAUAACGAUUAAUAAUAAGAAAAAGAGGCACAUAACAAAUAGCCUACAUUGUUAAAUCCCGUCCCGUCAUUGUUAAAGAUAAACAGAACAUCUCUGCUUAUUAACUAACAAUCUGUGAUGAUUCGUGUACCCAGAGAGACACAGGAGAGAGAGAUCCAAAAGCAGGUAUGCUUUAUUAAGGGGUAAUCAAAAAUCGAGGUCAAACAAUCCAAGGUCAAAACCAACAAUCAGUCCAAAACAAAAACAAAGGAAAGGAAAGGAAAGGAAAGGAAAGGGAAAGGAAUGGAACGGGAACUCGGAGUACAAGAAGGCAGGGAUGAAUCUCGGGGAACGAGAAGGCUGGACAUACGAACGUUAAGGACUCCAUUCAAACAACAGGGAAAGACUGGUAUUUAUAAGGAGGCUAAUGACAAUCAAAUGCCUGCACCUGGAGUGCAAUUACUGUGAAGACAGGACCAGACUAGAGGAAUUGUAGUGCCUACGGUGAAGUGCCUAAGGGGAAGUGAGCCCACUAGUGGACACCCAGGGAAACAGAGACUAGACAGCGUGACAUUACCCCCUCCUCCACGGAGCAGCUGCCAGAUGCUCCACCCGACCCCAAGGGAAAACCAAAGCCACAAAGAGGCCAGGAGGGAGGUGGAGCGGUGGAGGAUCAGGGGGAGGGACGGAGGGCCAGAUAAAAUGGUAAACAGAGACAAGAGGACCAGGUAAAAUGGGGAAACAGAGACAAGAGAAGUGCAACACAAAACAAGGAGUCCUGGAGGGUGGUGGACCGGCGGAUGAUCCGGGGAAGGGACGGAGGGCCAGGUCCAUAGUAGGAAACAGAAAGAAAGAAACAGAAGAACAACAAAAAAUAAACACAAAGACACAAGUCCAAGAACGACAUCACGUGACGCCCACCAGGGCGGAGCAGAAGACCACCACAACCAUGUGGUCAGGGCAGAAGCCCCCCAGGGCGGAUCAGAAGACCACCAUAACCGUGUGGUUGGGACGGACGCCCCCCAGGGCGGAGCAGAAGACCACCACAACCGUGUGGUCAGGGCGGAAGCCCCCCAGGGUGGAGCAGAAGACCACCACAAUCGUGUGGUCGGGACGGAUGCCCCCCAGGGUGGAGCAGAAGACCACCACGUCCAUGUGGUGGAGACCGGAGUCCCCCAGGGCGGAGCAGAAGACCACCACAACUGUGCGGCCGAACCAGACUCCCCCCAGGGUGGAGCAGAAGACCACCACAACCAUGUGGUCAGGGCGGAAGCCCCCCAGGGCGGAACAGAAGACCACCACAACCGUGUGGUCAGGGCGGAAGCCCCCCAGGGUGGAACAGAAGACCACCACGUCCGUGUGGUCGAACCAGACGCCCCCCAGGGUGGAUGCAGAAGACCACCACAUCCUUGUGGUCGAGGCAGAAGGCCCCCAGGGCGGAGCAGAAAACCACCAUAUCCAUGCGGCCGGACCAAGAGGAGGACAAGUCUGGUUGGGCAAGUCUGAAACAUAGAACAUGAACAUGUUAGGGGUAGCCUCCGUGGCCACAACAGGUGCUCAGAGAGUUCGACCAAGACAUGAUGAGUCUCUGGAAGUUCCGCAGAGACGAGGAGAGACUCUGGUAGUUCAUCAGAGCCGUGGAGAGGCUCGAGUAGUUCCACAGAGAAGUGACAAAACUCUGGUAAUCCCAUGGUGUUUAUACUGGAUUCCAGAAGAUCGGUGCUGACUUGACUCUGCCUAUGAAGAUCAAUGGUGACUUGCCUUUGUUCAUGAAGAUCAGUGGUGACUUGCCUUUGUUCAUGAAGAUCACUGGUGACUUGACUCUGUCCUUGAAGAUCACCGGUGACUUGACUCUGUCCUUGAAGAUCACCAGUGACUUGACUCUGUCCUUGAAGAUCAACAGUGACUUGACUUUACUCUGAAAGGUCAACGGUGACUAGCCUUGACUCUGGAAAGUCCAUGGUAACUAGUCCUGACUCUGGAAGGUCAACGGUGACUAGCCCUGAUUCUGGAAGGUCAACGAUGACUAACCCUGACUCUGGAGGGUCCACGAGCACCUGACUCGACUCUGGAGGGUCCACGAGCACCUGACUUGACUCUGGAGGGUCAACCGGAACCUGACUCAACUCUGGAAAAUCAAUGGGCACCUGACUCGACUCUGGAAGGUCAACCGGAACUAGCCCUGACUCUGGAAGGUCCAUGAGCACCUGACUCGACUUUGGAGGGUCAACCGGAACCUGACUCAACUCUGGAAAGUCAACGGGCACCUAACUCGACUCUGGAAGGUCAAAAGGAAUCUGACUUGAUUCAGGAGGAUCAACUGGAAUUUGACUCGACUCUGGAAGGUCAACAGGAACUUAGCCCUGACUCUGGAAGGUCAAGGGUGACUAACCCUGACUCUGGAGGGUCGACGGUGACUAGCCCUCACUCUGGAAGGUCAACGGUGACUAACCCUGACUCUGGAAGGUCGAUGGGGACUAACCCUGACUCUGGAGGGUCCAUGAGCACCUGACUCGACUCUGGAGGGUCAACCGAUACCUGACUCAACUCUGGAAAGUCAACGGGCACCUGACUCGACUCUGGAACGUCAACAGGAAUCUGACUUGAUUCUGGAGAAUCAACUGGAAUGUGACUCGACUCUGGAGGAUCAACGGGAACCUGACUUGAUUCUGGAGAAUCAACUGGAAUGUGACUCGACUCUGGAGAGUCAACGGGAAUAUGCCUUGACUCUGGAUCUGACUUUGCUGAAGCCUGGAAUUGAACAUCUGGUUUCGUCUGGUCAGAGGAGAACUGGCCCCCCAACUGAGCCUGGUUUCUCCUAAGGUUUUUUUCUCCAUUCUGUCACCGAUGGAGUUUCGGUUCCUUGCCGCUGUCGCCUCUGGCUUGCUUAGUUGGGGUCACUUCAUCUACAGCGAUAUCGUUGACUUGAUUGCAAAUAAAUGCACAGACACUAUUUGACUGAACAGAGAUGACAUAACUGAAUUCAAUGAUGAACUGCCUUUAACUAUAAUUUUACAUUAUUGACACACUGUUUUCCUAAUGAAUGUUGUUCAGUUGCUUUGACGCAAUGUAUUUUGUUUAAAGCGCUAUAUAAAUAAAGGUGACUUUGACUUUGGAUGGUCCACUGGAACCUGACUCAACUCUGGAGGGUCAACGGGAAUAUGACUCGACUCUGAAAGGUCAACCGGAACCUGACUCAACUCAGGAAAGCCCACUGUAGCUGCCAUCCUGUGCAGUGGCUCCAAGCUGGUGGCCAUAUUGUGCAGUGGCGCUGGGUUGGUGGCCAUCUUGCACUGUGGUGCUGGCUCAGCAGACGUGACAUGAAUAGUCCCUGGAUCAGCAGACGUGACGUGAACGCUCCUGGGAAUCUCUAGGAUCUUUGACAGCAUGGAGAAAUAAUCCAAAAUCGUCUCGGCAGCCAUCUUGGGUGUUGGCGCUGAGCUGGCGGCCAUCUUGCACCGUGGCUCUGGGCUGGUGGCCAUCUUGUGAUGUGGAGCUGGGCUGGCAUCCAUCUUGCCUCGUGGCGCUGAGCUGGCGGCCAUCUUGUGCUGUGGUGUUGGGCUGGCUUCCAUCUUGCCUCGUGGUGCUGGGUUGGUGGCCAUUCUGUGCAAUGAUGCUGGGUUGGCGGUCAUUCUGCGCAGCGGUGCUGGGCUGGUGGCCAUCUUGUGCAGCAGCACUGGACUGGCGGCCCUCUUGUGCAGCGGCGCUGGCUUGGCAGACUUGCGCCUCCUUUCCCCUCACCAUGGUGAGAUGGCGGUUCCCAACCGAACUCUCCAAUAUUGGAGAGUGAUGCCGGACCUCCUCUCGACCACUCACUCCUGAGCGACCUCCCCUGGUCCCAAGGAACAUGACCAGGCAAGUACCUUCGAACCCAUUCCUCACCCGCUCGGUGACUGGGGAGGAAAUAGGAAUAGACAUACCGCUGGAUCUCUGUGUUUGAUGGAGUCCUUCUGUGACGAUUUGUGUACCCAGAGAGACACAGGAGAGAGAGAUCCAAAAGCAGGUAUCCUUUACUAAGGGGUAAUCCAAAAUCGAGGUCAAACAAUCCAAGGUCAAAACCAACAAUCAGUCCAAAACAAAAACAAAGGAAAGGAAAGGGAAAGGAAUGGAAUUGGAACUCGGAGGGCGAGAAGGCAGGGAUGAAUCUCGGGGAAUGAGAAGGCUGGACAAAUAGAACGGUAUGGACUCCAUGCAAACAACAGGGAAAGACUGGUAUUUAUAAGGAGGCUAAUGACAAUCACCUGCACCUGGUGCAAUUAACAGGAGUGCAAUUAAUGUGAAGACAGGACCAGACUAGAGGAAUUGUAGUGCCUACGUUGAAGUGCCUAAGGGGAAGUGAGCCCACUAGUGGACACCCAGGGAAACAGAGACUAGACAGCAUGACACAAUCAUGUGCCUCAAAGAAGCACAAAUAGAGAUAUAGGUGCAAACAGAAUACAGUGACGUCAACCUUGGAUUUGAUAAGCAGUUAUUUUAUGACACAUAAUGUGGUGGUGAAACUCAUGCAUCUAGCAAGGAUUUAAUACAGAAACUAUAUUGAUUCAAGCAUUUAACAUUUAUGAAUUAAUUAAAUGUCAGUAAUGAACAAUGCUGCACAAAUUAUAGAGAUCAUGAGGAAGGUCCGCGUACAGUAAAGUGGAUAGUGUACAACACCCCAUCAGUAAUAUUACGUUCUAUAGUGCCACCUGCUGGCGCAGUUUUGUAACUUCUUAAAGAACAACUUUUGUGAUGUCGAAAUUACGAGAAAAUUAAGUCAUAACGAGAAAACAACUUUUGUUAUGUCAAGAUAACGAGAACAUUUAGUCGUUGUAAUGAGAAAACUUUCGUUAUGUCGAGAUAAUGAGAAAAUUAAGUCAUUAUAAUGAGAAAACAAGAAGGAAAAAAAAAUUAUAAUGCAUGGCCGCUUAGAACUUCCGUAACUAUGCCUAAUUAAUUAAUGAAUGAAGCAUUUUGAUGAGCGUGCUUUUGCUCUUUUUGAUGAGAGUACAAGAAAUGAGAGCACAUAGAAGGAAUUCUGCCCUUUCAUGAUGACAUGCAGGGCCAUACUUUAUUUAUUAUUUUUUUUAAAUAAUUAACUUUCCGAAACUUAUACGAACCCUGAAGAUCAUGUUUAGCAUGAGAAUCCAUCUGUUUAGCAGUAAAUAUGUUUGAAUGCAUGAAAUAGCAUUAGACAUCUCCUUUAGAGGGAUAGUUCAGCCAAAAAUGAAAAUUUGAUGUUUAUCUGCUUACCACCAGGGCAUCCAAGAUGUAGGUGACUUUGUUUUAUUCAGUAGAAUACAAACAGAAAUUUUUUAACACAAACCGUUGAAGUCUGUCAGUCUUAUAAUUGAUGUGAAUGGGAAUCACGGCUAAAAAAAAAAAAAUUUACAAACCAAUAUACGAACCAAAUAAUACCCUGCGGCUUGUAAUGAUAAAUUGAUGUGUAAAGACACAAAACGAUCAUUCUGUGCAAGAAACGGAACAGUAUUUAUAUCGUUUUUUACCUCUAAUUCAUGUGUCUCUCAAGUGGACCAUUGACAUGUCUAAUUAAGAUUGUAGAUAGCGUGUCAAUGGUCCAUUUGAGAGAUAGGUGGUAGUAAUGCACUUAUAAGUGUGCCAUAAAGAAAGAAGAAGAAGCUUGAGACCUGCUUGAGAACGCGCUCAGGAGGACACCUUUAGGAUAGUUCUAACAGUUCGGACAUUGCGUUUAUCAGAGGUUAAAAAUUAUAUAAAUACUGUUCUGUUUCUUGCACAGACUGAUCGUUUUGUGUCUUUAGACAGAAAUGUAUUAUCACGAAUCACAGGGUUUAAUUUGGUUUUUUUAUGUUUUAGCCAUGUUUCCCAUUCACAUCAAUCAUAAAGUCAGUCACCUUUAUUUAUAUAGCACUGUAAAAAAGUACAUUGCGUCAAAUCAAUUGAACAACAUUCAUUAGGAAAACAGUGUGUCAAUAAUGCAAAAUGAUAGUUAAAAUCAUAAGACUUACAGACUUCAUUGGUUUGUGUUAAAAACACAACUCCUUCUAAUGAAGAAACAAAGUCACCUAUAUCUUGGAUGCCCUGGGGGUAAGAAGAUUAACAUCAAAUUUUCAUUUUUGGGUGAAUUAUCUCCUUAAAGCUAUUUAAAAAUAUAGAAUUGACAGUAGUGAUAUCAUAUAACUUUUCACUGAAUUUAUGCAUAGAUGUUAGAUGACAUUCCACCCAUCCCAUUCUAAGCAUGUUCAAUUUGUGUGAUUUUAUUUUUAAUUUUUUUAAUUCUUAAAAGAGGUGUUUGGUUAAACAUAUAUUCUGUAUUUUUGUUUCUGUUUCAACUAGGCCUAUUAUUUGCACAUUUAAAUUUUUUAGAUUUGUUUCCCUUUUCCAUUCAGAUGUUUAAUCUGAGUUACAAUCUGUGUAGAUCUAUCUGAAAGCAUAUUUUGUGGGAAAGUACAGAAACUCUGGCUCAUUCUGAAACUCUUUCUCUUACUAUCACUCUCACACUUACUCACUAUUGGCUGCUCUCACGAUGGACAGCUGGAGUGGAUUAUAGUUUAUCUGGCACAUGUUUUAAGAUAAUUGUCCUUUCUAACACAACUCUCUUUUUCUGCAUGGACUUGGACCUGGCACUUAAAAGUGCUGUAGCUUGUGCAACCCCUGUGACUGGAAUCAAAUACAGCUGUAUAGACUAAGCUAAUACAUUUAGAAUUUCUUAUCAAUGAGUAAUAUAUGAAAUGUUGUUUUUUAAUAGGCCCUUACACAAAAAGCCCUGAUCUGGAAAAUGGUGACAGCAG